CUGAAGAUACAGGUGGGUGUGAUCAGCUGGCAAGCUCUGUACGGAGCGAGGCAUGAGCUGUAUCACGCGGACUGGCCCACAUGAGCCUUGGUAUCUCACUGUCCUGCUGUAUCGUCCGCUUCUCCGCAUAAGGGAUCAUGCGUCCACCAGUGGGAACGAUGGUCGCAAUACUUAUAUAGCUCGACUAUACGUCGCCCGUCCUGUAUUGAGGCCUGACAACGACCACCAUGAAGGCGGUACGCUACUACGGACCAGGAGACAUUCGUGUAGACGACAUCCCCGAGCCCAGCCCGGGCGACAAGCAGAUCAAAAUCAAAGUGAGUGUCCUAUGCGGCUCGGACCUACAUUCGUACUUUGUGCUGCAAGCGCCGGUGUCGCCCACACUGACGACGCCGCAUCCUACGACGCAGGAGACGCUUCCUGUCGUCAUGGGGCACGAGUUCUCUGGAACAAUCGUCGAAUUGGGCAAGGCGGUGGACACCAGCAAAUUCUCGGUAGGCCAGAAAGUCGUAGUGGAGCCGCUCAUUUCAUGCGGCAAGUGCGGGCCGUGCUUGUCGGGUACUCGCAACCUCUGUCAUCAGAUCACCUUCAUUGGCAUCGGCGGAUGGGGAGGCGGCUUGGCGGAGUACACGGUCACCAAUGAAAAUCUCGUCCAUGUCCUCCCAGAUAAUAUCCCACUGGAUAUAGGGGCGCUCAUUGAGCCUUUGGCCGUUAGCUGGCAUGCGAUGAAGAUAUCCCACUUCAAGCCUGGUAGCAAUGUGCUAAUCAUCGGAGCGGGACCUGUCGGUCUCCUGCUAUUGAAGAUUCUGAAAGCGGAAGGCGCAUCUUGGAUAGGAGUAUCUGAACCCGCAGCGGCUCGUCGCGAGACCGCUAUCAAGCUCGAUGCGUCUGCAGUCUUCAACCCGCUGACAGAAGAUGUCAUCGCUGAGACAGUCCGGGCUACCGAUGGUGGCGCCGACGUCGUGUUCGACUGCGCGGGAAUACAAGCUAGUCUCGAUGCAGCCCUGGGCGCGGUCCGGACCCAGGGGAACGUCGUCGAAGUCGCCAUCUGGGAGAAGAAUCCCGUUAUCAACAUCUUGACGCUUCAGACGAAGGAGGCGAUACUGACUGCGAGUCUGGCGUACGAUCGCAGACAUGCUGAGCUACUCAAGGUUGUCGCGGAAGGCCGGAUCCCGAACCUCGAGGAGCUAAUCACUAGGAAGAUUGCCUUGGAGGACUUCGUCGAGAAAGGGAUCAAGGCUCUCAUCGCGGAGAAGGAUACACAAAUCAAGAUCCUCGUCCACCCCUAGCUAACGCGGUGUUCAUGUUCGAGGUUGACUCGGCGCGCAGGGUAUCGCUGUUAGGAGCGCCGGAAUGAACAGCUUGGUGUAUUUCUUAGUUAUGCUGUUACCGUUGUCUCGGGUCUGUACCAAUCGUAUCUCGAUCCUGGAGGAUCGCCAGGUACCGAGGCCGUCCAAUCAUCAAUUAAUGCCGAACGGCUCCCCGUUCGUUGAGGUCGUGCACACAGACUGACUCGGAAUAUGUAUCUCAUCUAUUCGCUUCGUUCUCCUCCAACUGUGAUUCAUAGUCAGUUCAGUCACUUCCUCGUCUUUUGCGACAGCCUGUCACGGUGCUGGCAAUAAUGUCGCGCUGCAACCGCUACACGCUGGCACGCACACAUUCCACGCACUCACAAAUGAGACCGUUGUACCACGGCUAGGCGGCUCCCCGGCAUUGAUUCCCUCAGCCUUGCGGCACACACGCCUUUCAGCCUGCAGGGCGCU